UGCGCAAAAUGGGUUUGGAAUUUGGCAAUUUACCAAUACACAUUCGUAGAGUCGUAUAUUACAGUCUGUCGCCAUUGGAACAACGAGCCUGGACAAAAUCAAUAACGCACGGAAUACCCAAUUGGCUGAGAAGAAUAAGCCGUGCACUUCCACCGAUGCUUCCAGGAUGUAUAAUGACAAUUGGAAUAAUGACGUGGGCACCUGCAGCACAUGAUCGAUAUACUCGUAAAGAUCCCAAAUUAUACGAGAAAGAUAAGUGAAUGCAAACAUUGAUUAAACUAUUUUUAACAAAUAGUUUUUGUUCUAUAAAUAAAAUUUCCAUUCGCUAUUGUUAUCUGUUUGAAAUUGUUUCUAGAGUUUAAUAAAAGAGCUCUUGUUAAUAUUUUUUAUUUUUAAUAAAAAGAUAUCAUA